GUAAUCGGAGCAUUGAUGUCAGCAUUUUAGCAUUUUAGCCUUCAGUCUCAAACCGUACCCAAGCCAGCGGGCGCAUCGCGAUAAUUACCUCCUUAGGUACUUAAAUCUAUAAACUACACUAUUUCGCGAUAGGUUAACCUCGAUGCCAAUUUUUGCUCUCCACUCUCGUUAUUCACAAUAUAUUAUCUGGUCGAACUGUUUGUGGUGAGAUUAAUAUUCGCGACAUCCUUAAUUAUUUAUCAGCGCCGACCAAACGACCAAACGAUCAAACGACAUCUCAGCCAAACGUCUCACCCGUAGCUCUCCCACUAGCAAACGCUUCCCGACACAGCGCAAUGUUCUGUCUCCGAAGUUGGCUCCCUCUCCUCUUCAUCCCAACAAAUGCCUCUCCUGCUUUCAUCUUCCUUUUCUUCGUCUGCACGUACUUCUUAAACCGACCCUGCGUUUACUGUUCCGUCCUCCUCCUUAUACUCUUCGUGACCUCGUGCUAUUGGUCAGAUCGGUGCUUCUUCGAUUUCAGCAGCAACUGGUUCGCCCCGCGACUCUCAACAUCAUCAUGUCCGAUCAACGGAACUACGAUAUCUGAACCUAUGGUUGACAGUUUUAACGCUACCGCUGUUGAAAUGCUGAAUACUACAGCGAGUGCACUUGCGAGUGCUGCAGCCGACGAGUUAGCCAAGAAGAAAGAAGAAUGGACAGGACUCGGCAUAGAAUGGCUCCGAAGCCUUCUAGGACGCCGGGAGUGGAGGAUCGAAUGCAUGGACUUAUACAUUCGGCUAUAAUCGCAUAUUACCUAUACUUCGAGCGUGAUGUGGUAUAUGAUAUCAGCUACGAUACCAGCUACGGCCUUGAACAUCCCAAGCCCUGGGGUUGUACAAACACAAUGAGUAUAGAUAUGAAUGUAUAAAUGCAUGGCACUGGCGUUAGUUGGACUGCGGAUAUGGCCUUGUUUCUUGAGCACUCACCUCAUAAUAGUCGUAGGGUCACAUCACAUCAGCAUCUAGAUGAGGGCAAUACGCAUUUCGAAGAGCCGAGGGGAUACCAUAAAUGUAGGCAUAGAAUAAUAGGCAUUGAUCCAAGCGAGAAUCCUUGACAGAAGUAUACGCAAGUAUUAAUAUAAAGAAUACACUCUCAAA